AAGCAGAAGCGCCAUCAUUUGCACAUUCCUUAUAGAUCACACACCUUAACCCUGACUUUUUAGCUUCAGUUUCUCAAAAAGAAGUGAAGUCAUGAUGAAGAACUAUUUGCUUUUCUGGGGAGUCCUAGCCAUUUUUGUUAAGGCUGUUCUUGUGACAGCCCAAGAUGAAGAAGAAAGGACUGUUCUUGUUGACAACAAAUGUAAGUGUGCCCGGAUUACUUCCAGGAUCAUCCCUUCUCCCGAUGAUCCUAAUGAAGACAUUGUGGAGAGAAACAUCAGAAUUAUUGUUCCUCUGAACAAUAGGGAGAAUAUCUCCGAUCCCACCUCACCAGUGAGAACGAAAUUUGUGUACCAUUUGUCUGACCUCUGUAAAAAAUGUGAUCCUGUAGAAGUGGAGCUGGAUAAUCAAGUAGUUAUUGCCUCGCAGAGCAAUUUCUGUGAUGAAGACACUGAGACCUGCUACACUUAUGACAGAAACAAAUGCUAUACAAAUCGGGUCCCAAUUAUGUAUGGCGGUCAGACCAAGAUGGUGGAAACAGCCUUGACUCCGGAUUCCUGCUACCCUGAUUAAUUUACGUCAUUGCUAACUGCACGGCUCCUUUUCUUAAAAGGCUCUUCAUUUUGGCCCAGAAAGCUAAUAUGUUUACUACCAAUGAAUUUGAAACCGUGGUGUUUUUUUGAUACUAUAAAACUACCCCCAGUAGAAUAGUAACAUUAUUAUUUUUAUCGAAAUUACAUCUCAACUGUAUGUUCUCACUCUAAUAUUGAAAUCUCUCAUACUUAAAGAGUAAAGAUCAGAAGAUAUAACUAAAUAUCACUUUUUUUUUUUUUUGGCCUUGCCUUGGAGAGCCAGAGCUUUUGCACCUUCCACACUAUUCUCUUUCUAAAAUGUAUCACUGUGUAGAGAAAACAUAUGUAAAUAUAGGUCAGUUACAUAUCUUCAUUAGAGAAAUAAUAAUUGGAAAACAUAUUUUGGGAAUUCGCAAAUAAUUUAAAAUAGGAUGUCCAUUUAAGAAACUGAUGAGCUGAAAGUGACGUAAUUAAAUAGAUAAUAGAAAAAUAUCUUUUGACAUAGCACAGGUUUGGUGGCAGAUGAUACAAACUGUUUUUGAUAAUCAAGGUAGUAUAAGAAAUACCCAUUGGAAAUAAUCUAUGUUGUAACUGAAUCUAAUGAAAUAUGUAUAAAAAUAUGUAUUCUCUAACACAGCUUAAUUAAAUAGAUUCAUAAGCAUA